AUGCCUCAAAUGGAAGAACCUACCGAAAAAGAUGAUCGCAGCCCGUCUCCUCCCUGUCAAGAGCCCCAAACUGCCGUUUCCACCGUGAGCCCUGUAACCGAUGCGGAAGUGAUUAAACCUCAGAGUAUAUUUGGCGACUUUCAAGACCUAGAUAACCCAAGCCCCACGAAAUCACAGGGCUCAAAAUCAUCUCCCCAAAAAUAUCCCCUAACUACUUCUCCAAACACGCAAAGCCCUACUAUUUCAAAAGAGUCCCCCGACCUCGAAAUUGCCUCUCCGCGUUUGACUAAUUCCGAUGACGAAGAUGACCAGCCUGUGGUGAAUUCACCCACAUCACCGGCACUGAUUGACUGUGGCGAAAAGACGUUCAACGAUGAGGAAGAAGAAAUGCAAGAAGACGAAAAGUACGAGGAUAACUCGAGCGACGACGGUGCGGAUAAACAAUCCGAAGAUGAGGUUGAUGACUCAGGGGAAAAAGUCGGUCGGUGGACUGCCUCAAAGGGUGCUGCUCGAAAGAAGGGCAGCAAAACGAAAACAGGGACAGAAAAGGGUGAGACCACUAAAGAGUCCGCAAAACUUGAAAUUCACAGUGAAACUCAGCGUCUUCUGAGAGAACAUACAUUCGUCCUGCCCCAGUACAAGCCCAAACAGUACUCCUCAUUUGCGGAGUUUCGAUCACAUCUUCACAGUGAAGACUCGAACGCACCGAACCCUCCAGUAACACCCACAAGCCCACUACCAGCGUCACUCAAACCGACAGUUCCUGGAAGUAACCAUCACGAUGAGGUCGAGGAGGCGCCCGAAGGUGCGAAUGAAGGCGUAGAACCGUCUGAUAGUGGUGCGACCAUUGCUGGGUCAACAUCUGAACCCGUGACCUCGACCGAUGCCACGUCGCAGGAAGAGCAAAAACACUUCAAGUUACCGGAAAAUCUACCUCCUCUUAAUCUGCUGAAGGCCAAUGAGAACGAUAUAAUUGAUCUAGAUGAUGAAACUGUUGAAUCGACCACAAAAGAAGAAACCGGCUUGCUGCGUCUGAUGUCGCGGUUCACUCAACAGACACGCCGACCAGAGGAAGCCCCCGCGCCCAUUCCCCAAAAACCUGAGGAGUUUUCUAUCAUCGAAAAAGUUACUGACGACAAGACGGGCGAGGCGAAACUCGUGUUAGAUACUGUUACCUACCAGCCAUCAGCUGACAACGCAGCCGCGACAACCAUGAACCGUCGUCAGUGGAAGAUGCAUAGACGAAAGUUGCGGGAGAUCAUGCGUUCAAAACGGUUGAAGGGCUACGAGGAACUAGCAUUUUUAAUUACUGAACUUUUUGUGUUGCUCCUAACCCAGGAUGAUGAAUGGUCGGCAGGGGACGAGGAUGCUGACAGCAGUUCCUCGGACGGCAGCGAUGAAGAUACUGACGAGGAAGAAGAUGACGACGAAGCAGAAGAAGAAGAUGAUAGUGAUUCAGUGCACGGAGCGUCUAGGACCAAACGUGAUCACCACCCCCUCAUCGACGACGAAGCCGAAGAAGACGGAGAUGAAGACGAGGAUGGCUUUGAUGCCGACGACGACAGUGACACGGAAACUGUGCAUUCCAAAGUCGACGUAAAAACGCCGUCUAAGGAGGUGUCCGCGUUGUCGUACCCAAGUCUUCAGCCAGAAGAGCCCGACGAUUUUACCGACCUCCCCAGUGAAGCGCCCCCAGUUCACCGUAUGUUAAUAACAUUUCCACCUUUUUCUCCCCUGGGAAGUUGA